GCAGGAGAAGGAAAAGUACUUUCAGCAUGUCUGCAGGGCUGGAGUUGAUCGGUAUUUCUCUGUGCAUUUUGGGAUGGAUUAUUGCCAUUCUGGCCUGCGCCCUCCCCAUGUGGAGGGUGACGGCCUUCAUUGGCAGUAACAUUGUCACAGCUCAGAUCAUCUGGGAGGGCCUGUGGAUGUCUUGUGUGGUCCAGAGCACGGGACAGAUGCAGUGUAAGGUCUAUGACUCCAUGCUCGCCCUCUCCCAAGAUCUCCAAGCUGCCCGAGCUCUCACGGUCAUCUCCAUCCUGUUAGCGGUCCUGGCUGUGCUCAUUGCCAUUGUGGGGGCCAAGUGCACCAACUGCAUUGAAAAUGAGUCAGCCAAGGCCAAAGUGAUGAUUGUCUCUGGAGUCCUCUUCAUUAUAUCUGGUGUCAUGGAGCUCAUUCCUGUCUCCUGGUCUGCUAACACCAUAAUCAGGGAUUUCUACAAUCCGUUACUUACCGAUGCUCAGCGGAGGGAGCUGGGGGCUGCAUUGUAUAUUGGCUGGGCAGCGGCUGCACUCCUGAUUCUGGGUGGUGGACUGCUCUGUUUCUCCUGCCCGCCACGCGAGACGCGAUACAACCCUUCACGAAUGGCUUAUUCGGCCCCACGGUCUGCAGGCGCCCCGGGUUUAGAAAGGAAGGACUAUGUUUGAACAAGGAAGGAAAAACUACACUGAAUCCUGAAGUGGCUCACUCCAUCAAGGUGAAAUGGCAUUUAGACAAAGCGCUCAUGGAAGAAAGAGAACUGCUCAAUGAAUGCAUUUGAUUUUGCCUGUAAUGUUAAAUAUCUCUGUGAUGGGCUUUUUGUUUUCAAGAGACUGAGAAUGAAUACCAGACACAUUUGUGUGCAUAACAUAAUCCUCUGUUUUUAAAUUUAAUAUGACUGAUUUAUUGUUAUUGUUACAUAUUUUUUAUACAGUACUAACUUCUUAAUGUUUACAGAAGUAUUUUUUUUUUCACAGUCCACACUGACACUUUCAUUGUCCAGAACCCUUCUGUAGAAAAUGGUAAAAUUUGUUACGUUGAACAGCAUGAGCGAUCGAUUGUGUGUUGUAAAUACCGUAGAAAGAGUUUCAAUAAUCACCUGUACCAGCAAGACAACUGACAACAUGCAUUAAAAUGAGUUUAAAAUGAGUUUCUAUUGCAGGGUGGUAAAGGACAGCUGCUGAAAGACUGGAGGCAGCGGGGGUGGGGGGGUCAGAGUGUGUACUGAGAAUAAACAAAGGGUUCAUUAACUGAGGUAAUCAUACUGUAUUACAUACAGGUGAAGCGUAUU